AUGUCUUUGCUGAAACUAUCAAUUAUGCUAUGUGCAAUGUUAUUUGGUCCUUCUCUUUCCAGAGCUGUUUCUCCAAAUAACAUAUUUAUUCUUUCCGGUCAGAGCAACAUGGCUGGUCGAGGUGGAGUUGAAAAAAAUGCAACAGGAAACUUACAUUGGGAUGGUGUGAUCCCACCAGAUUCUGAACCCACCCCAUGUAUUCUACGACUCAACGCUGCACGCCAAUGGGAGGAAGCACGAGAGCCUCUCAAUUUUGAUAUCGACGUUAAAAAGGAAAAUGGAAUUAGUCCAGGAAUGGGAUUUGCUCAUGAAAUUUUAAGAAAGGCAGGGCCAAGAGCAGGUGUUGUGGGUUUAGUUCCUACUGCUAUAGGUGGCACUGUCAUCAGACAAUGGAUGAAAAAUACUACCGAUCCUAAUGCAACAUAUUACCAACACUUAGUUGAACGGAUUAAAGCUUCGGAUAAAGAUGGUGGAGUUGUUCGUGCUCUUCUAUGGUUCCAAGGAGAAAGCGAUGCAGCUGUGAAAGAUUAUGCUAUCAAUUAUAAAGACAACUUAAAAACUUUAAUUAACGACCUUCGCAACGACCUCAAGCCUAGAUUUUUACCUGUCAUUUUGGUUAAAAUAGCCAUCUAUGACUUUUUUGCAGUAAAUGGUACCGAUAAUUUGUCAACAGUGAGGGCGGCACAAGAAGCAGUUAGCAAUGAGGUUCCAGAUGUAUCGAUCAUCGAUUCAUGGAAAUUGCCGAUGAACUUAACAACACGUGAAGGCUUUAACUUGGAUCGUGGUCAUUUUAAUUCCACAGUUCUUCUUACCGCCGGUAGAUGGUUGGCUGAUACCUACCUCUCCCGAUACAGCCAAUUACUCUGA